AUGCCAUCCACCUCAACGUCGCCUCCACCUCCAGGACCUCCCGCGCUGCUCCAGUCCACAUGGUUCCGUCUCUGUCUCCUGCUGCUCACGCCGCUCUUCGUGCUCCUUUUGGCGCUCUGGGGGUUACUCGGUCGUCUCCUCACACUCUCCAUACAGUUCGUAGCUGCUGCUUCAUUCGUCAUUACGUGGCUCUUGUACCUCUUGCUCCCGCAUCUCCCCGUGUAUCUAAUUGACUGGCCACUAGUCAUCACUCUCGGCAUCGUCACCCUCUCGCAGCUGCCGCGACACCAUAGCCACGUCGCUCAUGCAGUCGUGACAGUUUCGCUCAUUGUUUACGCCAUCAUCCGCAUAAGUCUCACGACACUGGAGAGCGGCAGCACUAAGAAGUCCAUUGUCGACGCUUUAGCAGCUCUGUGCUGUCUUGUACCCAUCUGGAUAACCAUUUGCAACUUGCACUUGUGGCUGCCGUCGGAUCUGAAGGAACUCGAGAAGCUUGAGAAGAAGAUCUACCAACAAUUCGUAGUCACGGACUUCAAAAUGACAAAGAUUGCGGGUCUCGGCACUGUUCAUGUUCCAUACUGUGGUGACGACCAGCAGCUUCUGCCUCGGAACUUGGUGUUGGUGCAUGGAUACAUGGCGUCGAAUUCAUUUUGGGCAGCGAAUCUCCAAUUUCUUGCCAAGUCCUUCAAUGUGUACGCAGUAGAAUGGAAAGGAAUUGGACGAUCCAAUCGACCGAAAUGGCGUCCAGCAUCGGAUGAAGAAAUGGACGACUUCUUUGUGAAGUCACUGGAAGACUGGAGAUGUGCACUAAAUCUCGAUCGCUUUAUUCUUUGUGGCCACUCUAUGGGGGCUAUGUACAGUACUUACUUCGCCGAGCAAUGCUCGGGACAUGUUGAGCAUCUUAUUUUAGUCUCCCCCGCGGGAGUCAACCCCAGCGACCUGACACCAGAUAGUCUUCCUAUCUUCUUGAAGCUCACUUCUCAAUUUUACGUUACACCAAUGAGUGCAGUUCGGUUUGCUGGUCCGCUAGGCCCAAGUCUGGUACGAUGGUCAUGGAGGCAGCGCAUAAAAUGGGUGCCAGAAACCAACAUCAUUCGAUCUGGGGAGUUGGACUUUGAUCUCAUUACGGACUAUUCCUAUCACAACUGGGCUCUCGAAGCCUCGGGUGAUAUUGCGUUCUACACGCAUUUACACCCGGGCGCAAGUGCGAGACGCCGGGCAUUGAACCAGAUCCUCACCCCCGAGAAACUUCAGGUGCCGCUCACGAUUAUGUACGGUGGUGGCAAGGACUGGAUGAAUUCGGAGCACGGCGCAGCAGUCGUUCGCCGGCUCGAAAAGACACAGUAUGCUGUUCUCCGCCUGGUGCCCAUUUCAGGUCAUCAAGUAUUCAUGGACAACCCGAGCGACUUCAACCAAAUACUGGUAGAGGAGGCUCGCAAACAAGAGCACGCGGCUGCCCUGUACAAUCAGCUCGACUAA